AUGAUUUUAGUGAUUCAAGACUAUCUUCGUGGUAAUAACAUUAUAUUAUCAUCAACAGAACUUAUUCAACUGAUAACGUAUAAUGCGGUCAACAGUGCUGCUCUCUGGAUCGAGCAGAUUGAAGUUGACCUUGUAAACACGUAUUAUUUGGCACCCAGACGUGAUAGAAAUAUAACAACCAGCGAUAUUGGUGUAAACCAGUUCAAUGACAAUGCAGGAUGGAAAGUGUGGAUACUUAUUGUGACAUUGAUCACUCUAUUUGCUCUUGUUGCAUUUACCAUCCCUUCUAUCAUUGAAAAAAAAAGAAAUAAAAUCUAUUUCUUUUUAUUAGACCCAGCACUUUUUGUCCUUUGGCUCACUGAAGUCUUUACCAAUCUCAUAUGGGCGUACAGAGGAGUUGAUUUAUCACCAUACGGUAUAAAGGGCGCUUAUAUAAUUUCCACCUUGUUUGGAUGGAUUUUAUUUAUCUCUUUCGCGCCAACAACAUUUCUGUGCUGGAAAAUUCACUCUGAAGAUCUCGAUGUUCGGAGGGAGAGCCUGCCAAUAAAACAGGAACAAUCUCCAAUUAUUCAACCACCGAUAACUCAGACAUCGCCGAUGAAUAAUUAUCAAGAAUCGAUGAUCCAACAACCAAUAACUCAGACAUCACCGAUGAAUAAUUACCAAGAAUCGAUGAUCCAACAACCAAUAAUUCAGACAUCACCGAUGAAUAAUUAUCAAGAAUCGAUGAUCCAACAACCAAUAACUCAGACAUCACCGAUGAAUAAUAAUUACCAAGAAUCGAUGAAUAAUUACCAAGAAUCGAUGAUCCAGCAACCGAUAAUUCAGCCAUCGCCCGUGAAUAAUUAUCAAGAAUCAAUGAUCCAACAACCGGAAAUUAGUCAAUCAUCGCCGGUGACUCAUCAAGAAUCCAUGAUCCAACAACCAAUAAUUCCGCAAUAUACUGAAAUUCAACAAGAUAAUGUGCAACAGUAUUCCUAA